UCCCGGAACGUGUCGGAACUUGUCGGAAGUGUUCGCUAUUUCUCGGAAAUUCGAAGUGACGUCAUCACGCGAGUUCUGAAGUUUGUGGAGAGAGUUGUUUACUCUUCAAGUCUUUCAUCCGCGCGAACGUCAGUGGGUUCUGGUGAUGCUGUUUUGAGUAAGAUUUGCAUCAAGAACUAGUAGUUUGUAGCGAUGGCACAGCCACCUUUGAACGGGGCUGGUCGUGGAGGCCGUGGGGCCCUUCUUGCUGAGGCGCUCAAGAACGUGGUACGGCGGCCAGGGGAGGGUUUACCGGAGUCUGGGGUUGCCCAGCCGCCACAGCAGAGGCAGUCUACUGCACCACAGACAGUUAAGGCAGGGACAGGUCAUGCCUCUCCUGUUCGAGCACAGGCAUCACCUGCUACCAUGGGGAGAGGGGCCAUACUCGCCAGUCUGUUUCAGGCUGGGAAAGCAGGUGCGUCGCCCAGUCCCCCCGCUCCCGCCUCUCCACAAGCCCCAGGGCAGCAUGGGAAGCCUCAGUCACCAGUACGAGGCAGAGGCAUGAUGGGACUGCAGGACAUCCCAGGUCUGCCGGUGUACGGGCGUGGCAUCACACAGCUGGGCAUGCAGAGACAAAGCACAGACACUGCAGUACGACCAAAGGAGAGAGAGUCCCCACCUGUGUCAUCUCCCCCUCAGGCCAAGCAGCCCAGCCCAUCCUCACCAAGUGUACAGCAGGCCAAGCCACAGGCACUCGCACAGCCCAUGGCCAAACUCUCGCUGGAAGAAAAGAAGGAACGAAAUAUCCCCCCUCCAGGCACAGUAGGACAGCCUGUAAGAGUGGCGUGUAACUACAUUCCUGUUAAGAGCAAUCUAACUGCAAUCUGCCAGUAUGCUGUCAGCUUCAGCCCUCAGAUUGACUCCCGUAGCAUGCGUUAUGGCAUGUUGUAUGACCACGAAGAUAUUAUCGGUGACGUCAAGGCCUUCGACGGAGCAAUCCUGUACCUGCCGAAAAAGCUGCCACAAUCAGUAACAGAAGUGCAGUCCACACGGAAAACAGACGGUGCCCUGAUCAAGGUUCGCAUCACUUUGACAAACGAGCUGGCUCCCGAUGACAGGCAGUGCCUCACUGUCUACAAUAUUAUAUUCAAAAAUGUGAUGAGGGAACUCGAGCUAAAGCAAGUAGGCAGGAACUACUACGACCCAAAACACCCCAUCAUCAUCGCACAGCACAAAAUGGAAGUGUGGCCUGGCUAUAUUACUGCCAUCCAGGCCUAUGAUGGCGGUCUGAUGCUAAAUACGGACAUUAGUCACAAGGUACUGAGGACUGAGACAGUGCUCGAUAUGAUGCAGAGCAUUUACCAGAGUUCGUCAGGUCGCGGGUUCCAGGAGGCGUGUACCAAGCAGCUGGUGGGGGAGGUGGUCCUGACACGCUACAAUAACAAGACCUACCGCAUUGAUGACAUCUCCUGGGACGAGAACCCAAGAAGCUGUUUCACCUUCCAUACUGGGGAACAGGUCUCCUUCGUUGACUACUACAAGAAAUCGUAUAACAUAAACAUAAUGGAUGACUGUCAGCCACUGAUCAUCAGUCGUCCCAAGAAGAGAGCAAAAGAUGCAGACCGUGAUGAAGUGUUGUGCCUGAUCCCAGAGCUGUGCUGCAUGACGGGACUAACAGACAACAUGAGGCAGGAUUUCAGAGUAAUGAAGGACAUUGCUGUCCAUACCCGUGUCACGCCCAUGCAGCGAGACCUUGCGAUGCGGAAGUUCAUUAAGAAUGUGGAUUCCAACCCCAAAGCCAAGGCAGCGAUGGCCAAGUGGGGCCUCUAUCUGGACCAUGAUCUCCUACGGACGGAGGCUCGCCAGCUACCUCUAGAGAAGAUCAUCCUGAAGAACCGCAGUUUCCAGUCUAAUGUGGAGGCAGACUUUGGUCGUGAGGUGACCAGGGAACCUGUGCUGGUGCCUGUUGACCUGCAGUGUUGGAUGGUGCUGUUCUGUGCGAGGGACGAGCACAAAGCAAACGACUACAUCACCAUGAUGAAGAAGGUGUGCCCCUCCCUGGGGAUCAGGGUGAACACCCCGGCGCUGUUUCGCCUGGAGAACGACAGGACAGAAACUUACCUGCGAAUCAUCCGGGACAACCUCAAGCCACAGGUGCAGAUGGUAGUGUGUAUAUUCCCCACACCUCGAGAUGACAGGUACAGUGCUAUCAAGAAGCUGUGCUGCGUGGACUCCCCUGUACCUUCUCAGGUUAUCAAUGCCAAGACUAUCGGUUCCCAGCAGAAGCUGCGGAGUGUGACCCAGAAGAUAGCGCUACAGAUCAACGCCAAGCUGGGUGGGGAGCUCUGGGCACUGGAGAUCCCACUGAAAAACAUCAUGGUGGUCGGUAUUGACGUCUAUCAUGAAAUCAAGAAGGGUGUGAGAUCUGUGGCAGGCUUUGUGGCAAGCACUAACCGGGAGCUGACCCGGUGGUACUCACGCACGUGCUUCCAGAUGCCAGGACAGGAGUUGAUGGAUGGACUCAAGUUGUGCCUGACGUCUGCGCUGAAGAAGUACCAUGAGGUCAACCAUGCCUUGCCUGAGCGCAUCUUCAUCUUCAGGGAUGGUGUUGGGGAUGGGCAGCUCAAUACAGUUGCUGGUUAUGAAGUUGAACAGCUGCGGGAGUGUGCCAGCUACUUUGGUGGUGAAAGCUACCAGCCAAGGCUGGCUGUGGUGAUCGUGCAGAAGAGGAUCAACACACGCAUAUUUGCGGAAUACAAUCGAGGCCAGCUUGACAACCCUCGGCCGGGGACGAUCCUGGAUCACACUGUCACCCGUCGGGAGUGGUACGACUUCUUCCUGGUGAGCCAGCAUGUGCGGCAGGGCACGGUCAGCCCCACACACUACAUCGUGGUGGCCGACGACACAGGACUCAAGCCCGACCACAUGCAGAGGCUGUCGUACAAGUUGACCCACUUGUACUACAACUGGCCCGGCACGGUGCGAGUCCCUGCCCCGUGUCAGUAUGCUCACAAGCUGGCCUACCUGGUGGGACAGAGCAUCCACAAGGAUCCCAGUCUGGACCUGGCAGACAGGCUCUUCUUCCUGUAGGGCCGCCACAGGCAUUACGGAACGCUCGGAGUUCAAGAAGGAUGCUUACUGCGUCUACCUCUCGCAGACGACUAGAAGGACAGCUGCUGUGUCUAACACAUUGACAAGAUGCAUGCUUACUACUUCUACAGAGUUUACACCUGUAUUUGAGUGACUUGUAUCUCUGAUUGAUUUAUGUUUGAAUCUGCACUGAUCCGUGAGUAUUCAUCAUUUUCACAGACACUCAGGGACAGAAAUCACUGAUUACCAAAAGGCCGCUGUUGUCAUAUUAAAGUUUCGUAAGUUUUUAAUUCUUUUUAAAAUUCUUGAACGAUUGUCAUCUAUUUGCAUUCCUUGUGCUUAAAUGAAUCUAUCGGACUACUUUGAAUACUUUCAUGCAAUAUUCCAUUAUGGACAUGGCGAGAGCAAGGAGCAUCAGGUAGCCAUAUAUGCAGUCAGUGCUCACAACUUGUAGUUUAUUGUUUGUUGGAUAUGCGUAAAUGUCAAAAGAAGAAUGAUGCAAGAUAUCAAACAUACAAUACCAUUCCAUACCAAGUGACUAGUGUUCCUGAGAAUCAAGAUGACAGCUUAUUACCAACAUUUUUUAUAGUGUAAACAAUACAAUGUAAAGUAUUUAAGGAUUUCGUUGUUGAUAGCCAGUUGGCUUUUUCUUUGUUAUUGUUCUUUCGGGUUAUGUGGAUGUUAAAAACACAAAAUCAUGACAACAGGAACCAUGACAAAUUAGCAGUAACCUUGAUAUAUCAAGGUACAUUUGUAGCUAUUCCAUCAUAUGAACACAACUUGCCUUGGAGACAACCUAAAUGUAGUUUUGAUAUUAUAGAAUGCAAGGAUUUGACUACAAAGAGAGUAGCCAAAAAAGUUCUCAAUUGUUAUGAUACUGGGACAUUGAUUGCUUGCUCAGGAGAUAGUUUUGUUGUUAACGUUAUUUUAUCUUUGUUGUGAAGCUUGUUUUUUACUUCUGAACUCUUUGAUUUUUAAACGUUUUCAAUAUUUUACUAUAGUGAAAGUAAGGACUACAUCAGGGUUAUUGGAUAAGAGUAUAAGGUUUAUCUAUUACCAGCUGGUUGUACUGGAAGUUUAUAUACUGCUUUUGAACCUUUGUUAUGUUGUACCGUGAUGGCAGUAUGGCUUGUGUUACAGGUCCUGUGUUUGAGGAGAGCCACAUCCUAAGCAUGUUUAAAAACCCAGCAUACUUAUCAAAAAGAAUAGGGAUCCUUCCCGAUGUCAGUGGAUCAAAACUAUUUAGGUCUAAAUGGGGUAGGGAAUUUUCCAAGCAGCCAUUGUAACCCCUACUUCUCCCAUUAGGUCAGUUAGUCAUCACUGUCAUUAGGUCAAGCUUGUCUUAAUCAUAAUGUUUCUGACAAGGAGAACCUUGAAGUGGCCUUGUUAUGUAGUGAAUAGGGGUGGGUACCGGUACAGAAAAUUCAGGUCCAGAGAAUCAGGUCCGGACCUGAACCUGAUUCAUUAUAUGAAAACUUGUGAAUAGAUGAUACUCAAAACAAUGGUCCAUUUUGCUACAAAGAAAUCUGUUUGUGUAGUAUUCCACUCCUACUGGCAUUUUAAAAAUCCUACAAGGCUAACUACCUCUCUACGAUUGGCUGUAAAAGUUGGUAAAAUGACUCUGCUUCGCUCUUGUUAUUUGCCUAGACCGGUAACCCUGAAAAUGUGUGAGUGCCUGACCAUAUAAUCAGUUUAUUUUCCAAUCGGUCCAACGUCCGGUCCACCAAAUUUUUUCAUGUCUGUUUUUUAUGGACUGGUCCAAUGAGAAAAAACGGUUUUGUACCGGUUACCCAGCCCUAGUAGUGACCACUUAGUAUUUCAGCGCUUAGAUGUGGUCUUUUGCUAUUGCACCGAGCAUUCUUGACUUGGAUAUGAAAAGGCUUAUUGUUAAAAGUUAUAAACAGAUUCUGAUGAUUUUUGGUUUGCAUGUAGUUCUUGGCCAGGGAAGAAUUGGGCGAGUUUGCAAAUGAAACAAUAGUGGCAACACAAUGAAAAUGCUGGGGCCUGUAUGCUAGUCUGUGCUAUGCUGUUGGAAACAUAGUAAGAUUUAGUCAAGUGAAUAAAGUAUGUAUCUGUAUCUAUAUAGCCAUUAUAACCUCCCUUAGUCAUAACACGCCAACUUUGCAAAGAGUUUGUUCCCUGUAGAAAAUCAUUUGCCUGCACAGGGUGCAUAUUACCCUUGCUGUGCCUUCUCUGGCCACCCUAUUUUUGCAGAAGGCUAGCUGGCGUCGUUAUAAACAGCAGUUGCAUGUACAUGUAGUAUGAUUUUUUAAGGCCACAAUAAUUUGAUUUUAUGGAUGACAUCCUAUGGAGACCCUCAAAAACCAAUGGUUAACUGCCUUGAGGUGCAAAACACACCAGUAAGCACAAGUAAUACCUGACUGAAAGGUCUGAUCCACUCGCAUCAGGAGAGGCCCAUUUUCUUAAUCAUGUUGAUAAGUGUGCUGGUGUCCUUAACUUGAAGAGCCUCUUCAUUCUACUUUCAUUCUUACAAUCAUAUUUUCAUAAACAGCCUUUGCCAUUAUGGUUGCCAUUAAGGCAAAUAAAGAAUCAUUUGUACCCCA